AUGGUUUACUACUUCACCUCGAAUGUGGUCAGCCCGUCUGCUUUCAUUUAUGUUGGAAAGGACAAGUUCGAGAGUAUGCAACCCACAACCAUGCCCGAAGGAAUGCGCCUGACAGUCUCGAUAGAUGAGGAUUUGAUUGAGUUUGGGUUGGACUCUGACUUCCACGUCGAUAAUUUGUCCAGCGCCCACGUUUACGUGCGUCUACGGGAAGGAGAAACAUGGGACAAGAUUCCGGAAGAGCUUCUUGAGGACUGUGCGCAGUUGACAAAAGCCAACUCCAUUGAGGGAAACAAGAAGGACAAUGUAACAAUCAUCUAUACACCAUGGUCCAACCUUCAAAAGGAUGGCUCCAUGGCUACGGGACAAGUCUCGUUCCAUAACCCCAAGCUCGUCCGCAAGGUGCUUGUGCGCGCGCGCGAAAACCCGAUCGUCAACCGGCUCAACAAGACCCGCGUCGAGAAGUCCCCCGAUUUCCGCGCCGAGAAGGAGGAAUACCUGAAGAAGAAGCGGCAUGCAGAGCGAAAGACCCGAGACCAGCUGAAGGAGAAGGAGAAGCAGGAGAAGCGGGAGCGGGAGCAGCUCAAGUGGCAGAAAGAUCAUGCUUACGACGACAUCUUCAGUGAAGAGGCCAUGGAGGCUAGCAGCAACCAAGACCGAGACCCGGAUUUCCUUGACGAUUUUAUGUGA